GCAGGCGACUGGCCCUUUAAGGGGUUAUGUAGCCGGGCUAGCCGAUGUAGGACGAGCCGACCGUGCGUCUGCCUGCCUGCCUGCGUGCGCUCCGGCUGCCAUCCUCAUCAUGGCCUCCACAGAGCCACCAGCGACGCCACCGAGGAUGAAGCGACCUGUCAGCGGCCCUUCCCUUCCCGCAGCGGAGACGGACGUCAAGCCGAAACAGAGGCACCGGUAGAGGCGAGCCGCGCCGGGGAGAGCCGCCACACAUCCCCAUGCCACCCCGGUCUCCUCCAUGCCUUCGUCUAAAGCCAAGUACAGCUAUUCGAUAAAGAGGGGUGCGAACCCGGGCGGCGGCGGCAGCGGCGGCAGCGGCAGCGGCAGCGGCAGCGGCGGCAGAAACAUGACAACGAACAGGGAUUAUUCUGUAAAUCUGUCGGUGCAGCAAGUGCUGAGCCUUUGGGUGCAAGGCACGACGCUGCAGCACUUCACAGAGAUGUGGUACUGGGUGUUCCUGUGGUGUCUCUUCUCCUCGCUCUUCGUCCACGGCGCGGUCGGGCUGCUCAUGUUGGUCAUGCUGCAGCGCCACAAGCGGGGCCGCCUCAUCACCCUGGUGCUGGUCAGCGUCGGUUUCCUGGCCUCGCUCUCAGGAGGGGUCAUCACCAGCGCGGCGGUGGCGGGGGUUUACCGCGUGGCAGGGAAGGGCAUGGCACCGCUGGAGGCGUUGGUGUUCGGCGUGGGCCAGACCACCCUCUCCGUCAUCAUCUCCUUCUCAAGAGUCCUCGCCACCCUGUGAGGAAAAACCUGCCGAUGAGCCGAGGAACGAAUGCUGAGACGAGAGCGAGAGAGAGAAACGAGCCAAUCAGAGACUUUUGGAUGCUCAAAAGUGGCCGAGUUUGUAGACGACGAAGAAGAAGAAGAAGAGGAGGAGGAUGAGGAGGCGGAAAUCGCUCUCUGGACCUUUUUUUGGGAAGCAGGAGAGAGAGAAAGAGAGAGCGCCACCCUGUGUUCGUGCUCUGUUACUGCCACACUGCAUUGUAGAGGAAAAUCAGUGCAGGCAGGUUGUCCUCAUGCAUGAGAGCAGGAAGGGGGCGGAGCCGGCGCCAUACUCAGCUUCUGAACUAGAAAGCCAUGUUUGGGGUGUUUCCAGAGCUCCAUCACUUCUUUGUGCCAACAGCCUUCUCUGGACAUCCAGACGCCUUUGUGGCCACUGACUCUAGAAGGCUUCCUGUUGCACUUGUUGGAGGGGGGAAGGGGGGGGGGAGCAGCAGAUACGAGUUGUCAUGGUGAUCUGAUCGUCAGAAGAACAAAAACAGCAUGGAGCGAUUAGGACGUGGCGAUCAAACAGUGUUCAUCAGCAAAAAAAACACCAUUUUCCUCCUCAGUGUCACACGUCAGCCUCACCUCCUUCUCCUCCACAAUGUUCACGAUCACAACCAACCCCCCCCCCCCCCCCUAAAGAAUUCAAUAAGUCGCACCAUCCAGAUUCUGAGCCCGAUGCGGCCUCGGAAUUUUUGCACUUUGUAAAAGUUGGAGAAGCUCUUUGCCUAAGAGGUGUGAUGAAAUCAUGGAGGAGAAAAAACCAGCAUCCAGCGCCACGUUUGGUUUGAAAACAUUGAUUCAUCGAGUGCCAACGAGAGCUCCCAUUGGAGCUGAAGGAGCAUGUGACACGUUGGGAAACGAGGCUGUUUGUUUUUCGUCGAGAGUCCGUUUAGAAGAUGCCUCUCAUGUCUGUAAAAUAAAUAUGAACCAGUGUGACGGUUAGCUUAGCAUCAUCUACAUACCAGCGGCCCUAAGGCUCACCUUUAACGCGUUUGUUUGUUUGUUCGCAAAAAAACAGCUUUUUCAGUUUUACACAGUUUGUUGUGACUGACCGUCUUGUGCCCGAUUGGUCCAAAACAAAAACGCAGAAAAGAAGCAAAUCUUCAUUUUCACGCUUCAUUCUGAACAUCAGAGAAAUCAGGUGUUAAAGAAUGAGUUUAAGGGGUGUGUCGGAGGACUUUGUUACCUUUUUAACAGAGGGAUCGCUGUUUUCCCAUUUUCCAGUCUUUGUGCUAAGCUAAGCUAACUUUUCCUGAUUCAUCUUUUUUUGACAUGAGAGCGCCCUCACGUCUCUCGUCUAACUAAAUGAAGCAGAUGAGCACGUUCCCAAUUCAGCGGAGUAUUUACUGAUAGCAGACGGAGUAGGACCUGGUGCGAGCCCUCAGGGGAGCGGACUCGUUCAGGUUUGAUUCCGCUCUGGUUUGCAUGAGAUCAAGGAUCAGGGUCCUCUUAUUCAGGGUUUUAAGAGAGAUGUAUUGGUAUUUUAAAAAAAGGGUAACAAUGUUGGGAUCCGGCCUUCCUUUGCCCGCUGUACGACGAACAUUGUCUGCACUGACGUAGAGUAAAGUCCCCCCAUGGAGAGCCACCCAGACGGACUGAUUCUGCUGCUCUAACCGCCAUUCUUCUAUGGCUCCCUCUUCUUUUUUUUUGUUUCUUUUUUUUUAAUUAUUUAUCAACCCAUGUUCCUUAAGUUUUAACUUUGCAUAUUGCACUGAGAUUAAUCUGCCUUGUUUUUAGCAAAGUGUGCGAUCACACUUCUCUGCUGUGACCCGGUCCGGUACACAUAAACAGAACCUGUUGGAGAUCAAGUGUGGAAGAAUGUGCUUGAAGCUACCGUAAUGAACUCAGAACAGUGACUCACAGGACGACGCACUGGGGUCUUUUAUCGAAGUUCAAUGCUCAUUACUUGGCUCGUAAGUUCUCCAGAUUCACCUCUCUCUUGUGCACAGCUCGAGCACAGGGUGAGAAGAGUCCGGUUAUUAUACCAAAGUAAUGCUCAACUUCUAGCUUUAUUUAAUUCUCUUUGUCUCAUUUUACAGCCUCGGAUUCUUAUUAGUUUGAUUUAGAAGCGUUUGCACAUCGGCUCGAGUCUCAAACGCCCCCCCCCCCCACAGACUUCCUGAAUUAGCCCUGGACACGACUUUGAUGACAAUGAAGUAGAUGUUUGUGUGGUUGAGGCGUGAGUGCCUCUAAAGGUAAAAACGCUGCGUGUGUCAUGAGGGUUAUGUAAUCGACACGACUCACCUUCAGUACCAGCUCAGCACACAAGAGGGCGAUAUUGCACAGAGAAGAAGAGGAGAAGUGGCAGACUGUUUGGGAGAUGAUUGUGGAUGGUGAGACAGUGCGUGCAGACUGUUUUGAUACAGAAAUUUAACAUGAUAAAAAUGUUUUCUAGACGAAAUUAAAGCCCCUAAUUUAAGUGUAAAAUAAUAAUCACCUGUAACCCUUUUUUUUUUUUUUUUUUUUAUCCACUGACCGCCCGGCACAUCGUCCACUCUGCCCGUUUGAAUGUUUUAGCUCAAUUUCAGGGACCAAAUGUGAGCUGCUGCUGAUGACUCACCUGCUGUCCAAGCAAUGAAAUCUCUGUGAAGCUGUUUGUGGGGCAGUUUCUGCAUGUUCGUGUGUGUGUGUGUGUGUGUGUGUGUGUGUGUGUGUGUGUGUGUGAGAGCAUGUGUGUGCUUCAUAGGAGACGUGAUGUGUGUGUGUUGUUUCUGCUGUAACCAUGUGUAGUUAGUAUAACAGGAGAUUAAUUUAUUUUCUAUCAUUAAAAAAAGGGGGGAGGGGGGUUGUUAACAUUCUUUAACCCCCCCCCACCUCUGAAGUGUCAGCGAGGUUGAGGACCUAAUUGAAAGCAGUCCACUGAGCAAUGUCUUACAUAAUGUGAUGGAAACCUUUUCAUUUGAGGCGUUAGAAAUGACUUUUCCUGCCAACGAGAGACUGCAAGAACAGGAGUGUCCUUACUGUACAUCCUGAGCUGUAUAUAGACGUAGUGUACAAAAUAAAAACUCGACCAGAAGAAGAAGAAGAAGAAGACGAAGAGUGAGGAUCACAGCUGAUACGAACAAACAACCAACCAGAGAGUGUGUUUUGGUUUUCACACAGUCGGGAGUCUUCACACCCGGUGCCAUGAUGAUCGCUCAUGAUGAAUAUUGUUUUUCCCGCUCCGGGCUCCGUGAUUCAGCAGCCGUCUAAGUCGCUGAUGACUCUGUGUGUGUGUGUGUGUGUGUGUGUGUGUGUGUGUGUGUGUGUGUGACACCCAGCAACUAAUAAUCCCUUCUAGACUUCAGAAACACCAUCACACUGCAGCUCAAUAAUCCCGUCUCUUACAAACACUCAUAACCUGAAACUGCCCCCUCGGUCCUCUGACGUCCACAUGCCACACAUCCCCCCUCCCC